AAGUGUAGUGUCAGGAUUACAAAGAGACUACACCAACUUCCUCUUCUCGACACGACCCUCCGUCAUGUCUAGGCCAGCUAUGUGUCCUUCUUGCCACGUUUCAUCACUCUCUUCCACUAUAUAUACACACUUAGACAUCCCUCAUGUUUUUGCCUUAUCCACUCCAGAGAGCCAAAGGUAACAAUGGUUGGUGCAAAUAAGAAACAACGAACGGUCCAAGCUAGUUCGAGGAGAGGCUGCAUGAGAGGAAAAGGUGGACCCGAUAACGCAUCUUGCACUUACAAAGGCGUUAGACAACGCACUUGGGGCAAAUGGGUCGCUGAGAUCCGUGAGCCUAACCGAGGAGCUCGUCUUUGGCUUGGUACUUUCGACACCGCCCGCGAGGCUGCCUUGGCUUAUGACUCCGCGGCUCGUAAGCUCUAUGGGUCCGAGGCUCACCUCAACCUCCCUGAGUCCUUAAGAAGUUACCCGGAAACAGUGUUGCCUGGGACACAAGUAUCCCAUACGCCAAGCAGCAACACCGGUGGAAAAAGCAGCGACUCUAUCAACGAGGAGUCGCCUAGUUCAUCCAACGAGAUGUCAUCGUGGGGAACAACAGAGGAGAUAUCAUGGGGACAUAUGAACGCUGAUUUACCUGUGACCGAUGAUUCUUCUAUAUGGGAAGAAGCUACAAUGUCGUUGGGGUUUCCAUGGGUUCAUGAAGGAGAUGAUAUUUCUCCGUUUAGUACUUGUAUUAAUGGUGGCUAUUCUAAUUGCGAUUCCUUUCAUUCGCCACUUUAAGGUUUCACUAAACUCUCCUAAUCAAAACCUUAUCAUAUACAAUAUAUAUACAUUAAAUAAUCAAUGUGAUAUAGGCAUAUGUGUGAAUAAUAUAUAUAAACUUCGUGUAAUUAUAUAUGUACAAAUACGUGUGGUUUGUCUGUAGUGUAAAAGCAGAUUCUUACUACAUCAAAAACAUAAAAACGACAUUUGUUUGUCUCGAAUACAGAUAUGGGUCAUGGGAAAUUUAGAAGUGCAAUGUAUCUGUGUAAUGAAAACGUGAUACUACGUUGUGUAACGGUUAGUGUUAAAGACUGCAUGUCCGUUUCAUGUGGGCUUGACUAUUGUCUUAUUUGUUGUGUUGUAUCUUUUUUGUAUUCUUGUUGGUUGUUGCUAUCUCUUUCCAUCUUCCCUCGGCCUUUGUAUUAAGGUAACCUUGCGUGUCCUUGCUACAUGGCAAGGUACACUACCUACACUAGCGCGAUUAUACUAAGCCCAAAAGUAUAUUUGCGGCCCAGAUAUUUGGCCUCCACCUAAUAUUUGAUGCAAACAAGAAAUCUUGAAUCCACAUAGUCUACUCCACUACAAUUGGUGCGUCUCUCGUAAUAUAAGUAUAGAGUCCGUGCGGAACAACUAUGGUGUUAUCCUAAUAGUAAAAAGAGUAUACAUAGAAAUUUUUGUUUAGUGCGGUUUGUAACAUUCAGACCCAACUUCAGAUCCAUAGUAUAUUGUUUUUUUUAAUGAAGAUGUUGUAUAUAAAGAGAACGAGAUAUAAUAUUCCAAAAUAUAAGUUUUUGACCUUUUGUUCAUUUGGUUUAAAUCAGUUUCAAGAUUUUAAAUACUUGAAUAUUAUUAUGUCAUUUUUAGCAAAUUCCUUUCUUUACUUGAAUUCAUAUGAACCGGUCCUAAUUGAAUAUCGUCACAAUGAUAAAUAAUGGUUACCUUAAAUGCAAAUUAUAACAUUCUAUUGAUGAUAUAAAAGCCAAAAACCACAAAAAAAUGUAACAAAAGAGCACUAAUUAUCAGCCAGAUAUAUAAAUAUUUGAAAGUCCCAAUCCAAGCCCCCACAUAGUCUUUAUCAUCAUCUUCAUCUACACCACCAUCCUCAUGAACAAUGAUGUCUCAUCAACUCUUUUCCCCCUCUAAAAAACCUUUCUUAGGUGAUUAAUAUUAUGAAGAAAAAACACAGACACAAAA